UUUAAAAAUGGCGGACAAUACGUGAAGCAGAACGUGCGUUGUUGGCGCCUGGGAAUAUCUAACGUACGUGAUAACUUAUUAACGAACUGUAAAUGUAAAAUCGUAAGAACAGUUGUAGUGAUUAAAUUAGUCUUCCCGAACGUUGUUUCGAACCGACAGUAUUGAAGCUUAGCUUUUAAUUUAGACUUUAGCCACUUUGAAAGUCAAUAAUAUUAGAUACAUUGUAAAACUGUUUUUUUUUAUCCUCGUUGACUAUUAUCGUCGAUGUGUUAUCAGUUCGUCUGUUAACAGAUUGUCAAUGUUAUUUUGAAAGAAUAAAGUUUUUACAGUUUAAGGGCGCAAAUCAACCUUCUAUACAUCAAGAUCGAAGACUAAGAAGCUGUGAAGAGUGUUAAGAUAAUAAAAUUAAUUAUUAACGCUUGAGAAAAAAUUUGCAAAAAAUCGCUUAAACAGCCGUCGGCUUAACAGAAAAUAAAUUGCUGAAUUAAUAUUCUUGAGCAAUGCAAAAAUAGUACUUGCCAAAGUGGAUUCUAUACAAAUCAAUAGAUUUGCUUUGCUAUCUUUGAUGGAACUUUAGUUAUUUAAUAUUACAAAUAAACUUUGGAUCAAAAGUAACAACUAUUGAUAUUGGAAGGCCAGUAAACCUACCAGACAUAAACAAAAAGGUUAUGAGGCUUCAAUAUAAACCUCAAAUUACUUUAAUAUACUUUUUCUUUCUUUUUAUUUCUUCUUUUGGAAUCAACUAUGGCGGAUAAGUGCAAAGAGUGUGGUUGCAUAUGUAACCAGUGCCAUGAACCCAGAGAAAAGCACAAUGACAUGCAUCUGCAUGCCGAAAUAGAACAUCUGCGUCAACGUUUGCUUGAGAGGGACAACCAUAUUGUAACAAUGGAGACACAAUUUUUAAAUGAAGCUGAAAAAUUUCCAAAUGGAGAGUUGGCUUCGUUGAAAGAGGAACUACUUAUCUGGCAAGAUAAGUACACAAGGCUGCACGAGGCUCAUAAACGGGUGCAAAAAGUCAACCAAAAUCUCGAGGACAAGCUGUUGAAAAUUGUUGACAAAUGUGAGACUGAGAAAGGUGCCUUUACUAAGGAUGUAGCCACACUAUCUCAUAGGUUAGCUGAAGCCAAUUAUACAAUUCAUCGUUUAACUCAAGAUAAUGAAAAGUACAGAAGUGAUGUAAACUUAGCGAUCCAACUACUCCAAUGUAAGCCAUCAAAUUUUAUUGGACAAAAAUAUGAGGCUUUGCCAUCUGAAGUUCAAGCCAAAGUAAAGUCGUACGUCGCGCAAAAGAGUCGUCCAAGCGAGACGCCAAGCACGGAAGUGCGAAGUAUAACAGUACCCAUAUCCACCUUCCCACCAACCGCAAUGGUCUAUAACUUGGCGAAGCCAGUGAUCAAAAAGCAGCCGACCUCAAGUAAUAGUGACGACGACGAUUCUAAACCCCCUGUAGACGUCGUAUCAGCAGCGAUAAUGGCCAAAAUUUUAGAAGACAGAGAAAAAGAAAAAAUAUUCUCACGGCAUUGCAACACAUGCACCUGUCACCGUAGUAUUCUAAAGAUAGACAGCGAAAGCCAAACUGAACUGGAGCAGACUAACAUUGGUUCUAACGAAUUAGUAAGUAAGAAGCAAUAUCGAGAAUCAUCUCAACCCGAAGCUCGCGAGAUGGUUCUUGGCAACAGCAACAAUGAAAUGAACGUUAAGCGAGUUACAUUUCAUUCUGUGAAUGAAAAAGCCGAAAGCUCUAAAGUAUUAAACGGCAGUACCAAAAACAACCUGAAUUUGAAGAGUACGAGUAAGCAGAACAAGAAUGUGAUCAAAUCGCCGCAGACGCAUGCGAAUAACAUAAACAACAAUCAGCUUCAAAGAUCUACGAAGAAUUUCGAUGACCAAGCUAAAUUGGACAUCAUAAACGAACGAUUGUGGAAGAGCACUUGGAAAGAUCAAUCGUCCGCCAAUGCCAAAGACGAAGAUGUAAAAAUCGACGUAAUCAACGAUAGGAUUUGGCGAAAAAAUAAGAAUGACAACAACGUGAACGUCAAACCCACGCGCAUGAUGGUGAUCGAGGUGAGGAGCUCGGACGAGUCGACAAAUCACAGCGAAAUGACAAAUCCAACGGAAACGACGACAAGUCCGAGCUUCAGCAACGACAGCAUGCUAAUAUCCUCGUCAGAUCCGUCAAGUGUUUCAAGUGACCAAGGGCCACGCAAUUGUUUGAUGCCCGUGACUCCAGGCUCGAAGAAUAUCCUUCUAGAUACUGUCGGUGCUUACGAAACGAUUCUGUACACCAGCAACUGUAAUAGCAGUAGCCGGCCCAAUGCUGCGCUCGUACAUCAUCUAGGAAAAUUGUCACGCUCGUCGGUUAGCAGCAGCGAGGACGACGCACAGUUACAACGAGUCGCGCAAUGGGUCGAUACCCUCGAUUCGCAAGAAUCUCAGGCGACGCAGCAAUCGACUGACCUGAUGACCUUUGAAGGUUCCAGUGACGAAGAACACAAGCUUAUGUUGGACAUUGUGGAUCAAGGUGAGUUAACACAGGAAAUCGAGGAGACUUAUAUGAAGCUAGCGGCUAGCUUGGGCUCCAGUAAGCAACGACUGCUGAAUCCUCAGGAUAUCAAUUUGAUGACGGUGGAGGAGUACAGGAAGGAGCAGAAAAGGCAGAAGAGCAAGCUCACUGUCUAGACUUGUAAACGUAUAAUUAUUUAUUACUUCGUCGUUCGUAGAAUGACCGAUGCGCCAAAUGUACAGAUAUUGUUCUCAUUUAUAUUACGGGCAUGUAAAAACUAAGCUCACUUUCGAGUAGUGUUCGCUUUUCAAUAAAUUUUUUUUUUCUUUUGAGUCUGAGGGACAUGAUGCAUUAUAAGCAAAAUUACGCGUCGAUUGGUCAUUCAACAAAGCUCAAUAUAAUUGAUGAUUUUGAAUGAAGCUUCAGUUUCGAGAAUGUUGUAAAUAUAUAUUGUUUUUUUUUUUUUAUAUUUGAGCCAAAAAACGACGUAAUUUAUUUGAGAAGGUCUAUAUUUUUUAUUAUGACAUUUUUCAAAUAGCUGAAUGUCACAUCACAAAUCAUAUAGUUCCUUUAUGUAACAUAAUAAUUCUACUUCUUUGAUGAAUUUAUACCGUACUGUUAACAAUAUUGCAUUGGAAAAUAAGAGAAUUAUGGACGUUUAUCAGUUUGAUCCUCGGUAACAAUUGUCAUAAAAGAGACAUAUCUAGAAUCAAUGGAUUAGUAUUUCAAACAAAAGACAUAUUUUACACUGAUGUAUAAAAAGUGAAGUGUUAAACACGUUCAAGCUCCUUUUAACAACAAUAUAUAACAGUGCUUUGGAGUAUUUAUGUUUUUUGAUUGAAUAGACAUGAGUGAAUCUCAUACUCUAUUGACUAGUCUGAAACUACUAGCCGCAAAUUAUAGCAAUUUUCAAGAUGGUGAUAAUAAUUUAGCGAAAUAAGUUUAGAAUUAAAACAAAUCUUUAGUAACAUGGUGCUGAGAUAUUAUUAAAAAAAAUUAAUACAGUGCAUGUUCGAGUAAUUUCCGUUCUGCGUUGUUGAAAAGCUAAUGUCGUUUCAAAAAGUUCAGAACCAAUGCAGGACAUAUAUAAACUGCUAAAAAAUACGUUGUUUUAACUUGCCUAUACUGUGUAUUUCAGCAAACAAUAUUCUACAAAUGUACAUAAAAGCUCGUGUGAGUUGAAGAUAUAUUUUAUGAACUAUAAAAAUUACACUAGAUAAUUUGACGAAGAUCUAUCAACUAAUUGUGAGUACAAAGUAGUUGAGAGAAAAAACAGUCAUUCAUAAAAGAGAAAGGAGAUAUUAUACGUAUUUCAAUUUGAUUGAAAUUAUCUUCGAAAUGAUGCAAUAUAAAAUUAGUUUGGCAAAAAAAAUUCUAUACAUAUAAGCUUCGUAAUAUACGUAAAUGACGAUAUAAAUUCUCAUUUGCAUUUUUCGAGAUGGAUUACAAGUAAAAUAAUAUACAUUGUGUUAGGCUUUGCUAUAUAUCAUUCCAGGCGCUGAAUAAUAUCUGUAUCACAUAUAUAACUAAAUAUCUUCGACUUCUAAAAGUUAUUAAUUUACAUCGGUUUACUUGUUAAUUUACUGCAGUUACUGCUAAUCCCGUGACAUUUGUUUAUCAUUAUUUUUGUUCACAUUGUUGUACUUUGUAGAUCUGUAUACACUUGUUUUUGUCACUCGAGUGAACGCAAAAAUUGUAAAUUUUCCGUUUGUACUUGGAGGCAAAGUCUUCUGUAAUGUAAAGAGACAUACAUUUUCGUGUAAAAAUAUGAAAUAAACAUUUUUACUUCAUAAAA